AUGAGACCAAUUAACAUCUCUCAGGGGUCUGGUUUUAAAGACUUUGUCUACGAGCUUGAGCCAAGGUACACGAUUCCUAGCCGUGCAACCAUCACAGACAGAGUUGUGAAACUAUAUGAUACCACUAAAGACAACAUCAUACAAACGAUUAGUGGACAAAAAAUCGCCCUGACCACAGAUGGCUGGACGUCACUAGCCACUGAGGCAUAUGUGACUGUCACCGCACACUUUAUAAACGAAGAAUGGGAACUGAAAGAUGUCCUUCUCAAAACAAUUGAAGCCCCGAAAAGCCACACUGCCGAGAACGUAGCCAAAUACAUCGGAAACAUACUUGACGAGUAUAAAGUGGAUCGGGAGUCUGUGCUUUCUAUUACCACGGACAACGCGGCUAACUAUGUUAAUGCCGUAGAGAGGCAUCUGCAGGCCGUUAAUGUCCCUUGUAUGGCUCACACUAUCAACCUGGCUGUGAGGAAGGGUUUGGCGGUGCGAGCCAUUGAAAGUCCUGUCAACAGACUAAAGGCCACAGCACUACAUUUCAAUAAGUCAACCACAGAUAGCUACCAACUGGAAUCUAAGCAGAAGCUGCUUGGAGUAAAACCUGCCAAGCUAAUAAACGACUGUGCUACCAGAUGGAACAGCACGUACGACAUGGUGUGUCGAGCAGCUGAGCAGCAAGCUCCGGUAGCAGCGGUCAUCAUGGAGAAAAAACUAGGUCAUCUCGAACUGAGUACGAGCGAGUGGACCCUUUUGGAGCAAGUGAGAGCUGUGCUUAAGCCUUUCAAAACAGCCACUGAGGCGUUAUCGACCGACCGAUUCCCAACAGCAUCAGCUGUUCUCCCUCUUAAGUAUGUGCUUUUGUCACAUCUCAAACCAUCCAUCGGCGAUUCGGCAGCACUCAAUGACAUGAAAACUAAGAUCUCAACGGAUCUCGAGAAGCGAUACAAUCCUAACAAAGACGCAUUCAUGCUGCUAAAUACCUCCAGCUACCUCGACCCGCGUUUCCAUCGGCUCAUACACCUGGACCGAGACCAACAGCAAGAGGUACGUGAGAGAGUAAAAUCGGAGCUGAUGGUGAUUGCGGAGGAUUGCGGAGGCUAUGAGGAAGACGGGGAGGUAGCAGCCAUGGCGAAGGGGACACAGGAGAAAACAGCUCUCGGUGCUAUGGGCGAUCUUUUUGGGAAUGUUUACCAAGGCGCAGAGUCCACAGACGCAUCGGGUAGGCCUACCGUGGACAUUGGCAAUGUGUUGCAACAAGAGAUGCUUAUCUAUGAGAGUGAGACGCCGCUACCCACCGACAGCGAUCCAUUGUCGUGGUGGAAAGCAUCAGGGUCUAAGUACUCCCACAUUGCCCAGCUGGCACGACGGUACUUGAGCAUCCCAGGCAGCUCGGUUAGAGCAUAA